AGUAUCAACUGUCAACUCAAGGUUCGUGAAUCGUGAUUUCGGAACGGAAUGGAAUUGGAAAUCGCAAGGAACCGAACCCACCGAAUCGAAAUCCAUAAAACAAACAACUAACAAGUAACCUCUCGGAUUAGUAUAUACUUUAAAAAGUGAUGAUGUCCGAGUAUUACGACCAUUACCAUCGAUGGGAGCCUUUGGCCGAAUUUCAUUUCUAUAUCGACGAAAACGAAGAUCUUUAUGAUAAUAAUUAUUUCUAUUGCUUAUGCAGUCGAGCUUUUAUAAGAGAUGCGAUGAAGACUUAUUAUGCAGAAAGGGAGUGUGGCAGUGAGAGUGAUUGUGAAAUUGUGUCACAAUCACAAGAAGUUGACGACCACUCUCAUGUCCACUUCUCUGUUAAUACUUCUUAUAAAGUUAAGUGUGAGAAAGAUGAAGGCACCAGCUGUUAUUGCAGUGCAUCUCAUACAGACAACUACUGUUCAACCGAUGAACUUGAUCCCACUCAAAUGCACUGUUUUCCCUCCCACGCUCUACAACCAAGCGACAGUGGAGCCGACUUAACAUAUCAAGAUUGUCAUUCCGACUACACCACACAUGACAAAAUAGAGAAAAUGGAUCAAGAUUUUACUGAAAUCAAUGAGAAUUACUUAUCUGAGGACACAUGGGAAAAGUUUUGGGCUUUGAAUGGCGAAAGGAUAAUCUGGGCUUCAUGGAUAGAGAAAUAUAGUGAUUAUAUCAAUCCAGCGUAUCUAGGAGAUAAUAAUGAUGAAUGUAGGAUUCCUACUCAACACUCCACAGAACCUAUUUGUAAUAAAGAUUCUAAACUAAAAAAUGAAGAUGAAAGUGUAAGAGAAAGGAAAUUCUCUUAUGACUCAAAAGUAAAUCCAUAUAAAAAGAAACAAAAAGGACUUAAUACAGAAGAAAGUAAAAAUGAUAAAAUAAUAAUUAAUGUAGCCGAUAAAGAUGAUCUUUGGGUUCCAGUAAAUAGAAGGAGAUCCUGUUCUGAACACGAAAGGAUCGUAAGUCCUAGAACGCUCGGCGGGACAGAUUCAAUGACUAAUGUGACUAAGCUAACUUUAUCAAGUUAUAAUGUCACGUCAAGUCAUGUGACUUCAGUAUCAACUCCUACCGAUGAUUAUAGUGUAUCAUCAAGAUCUUCUGAUGAUCAGUACAAUGAUCAGACUCGUAUUAUUAACAUUGAAUACAAUGAUCAAACACCAUCAGUAGAAAUGGAUAGUGAAGAACACUGGCAAUUUCUAUGGAAGAAACACUUUGGAGAACAAUUUGCUUUGCACUACGCAAAUUACAUUGAAUGUCAUGAAGCUAACAACAAAUUAUUGCUAUCGAACAUAAAUGUCGAAAGUAAAUUAGAAGAAUUAAAAGUUUCGGAAAUCGAAUGUGAGAAUAGCGAAGGCAAUUCCCAAGAAUUACCAUCAGUAAUUGAAGUUCAGACACAAAUUGAUCAAAUUAAAUUAAAUGAGAAACCAGCUAAGCCUAAAAAGAAGGGUAAGAAAUCGAAUAAUCGUAUUAUAAGUUCAGUGGGAAUGCUGCUACAGAAUUUGCUUAAAGAGCAAAAGGAAAAAGAAGUUGAGCAACCAGUUGACCAGCCUGUUGAUCAACCAAUUGCCCAGCCAGUUGAUCAACCAGUAGAAGGGGAAGAUGGACAAACUUUUAAAGCAGAAGUGGUUACAUUAGAAGUUGUUGAUAGUAAUAUGGGGAUCAAUAAUGUGCAGCAAAGUAGUAAUAGUACAGUUUGUAACAAUUAUGAUGAUGAUGAAGAUGAUGAACCACCAGAAGAAAAGCCAAUUUCACUGAAAAGGAGCAAUUUUUCUUGCAGCCAUGAAAUGGAUGAAGAAGAAAUAGCAUCAGAAAAGAUAAAAUCAACAUUCCAAAUAAUGGGCUUUUCCUUCGACUCUACACAACUGCCCAAAGGUCAAACCGUAUAUAGAAAACGUUUCACGAGACUGCGUCCGCCGAGGAAUCGAAAACUUGGAGUGUCAAAGAAAACUUAUUUCGAUGAUGAAGGAAAUGCAUGCAUAGAUGAGAGUCAAGAAUCUCAAGAUGAUGGAGCGAUGUUGACUGAUGAUGAUGAAAACGCUCCACAAACACUAUCUGAUUCAGAGAAAAAUAAUUUAGAAAAUAGUAAAAAUACAACAAAUGAAGAAAAAGAGGCCAAUGAAUCAACAAAUAUAAUAGAUGAAAGUUUGGAACAUGAUGCAAAUUCUGAUGAGCACGUCAGCGAUCCUUUAGACAGUAAAAAUGAAGAAAAUGCAGAUGAAGUAACCGAAAAUACAAGUCAAAUAAAAAGAAGACGCAGACAGAAAAGGUAUUCCAAAGUAGAAGAGAACUACGAUACCUCUGACAUGCCACCUGAACUCUUAGAUGAUCCCAAAAUGUAUAAAUAUUGGAAAAAGAGACAUUCCCUGUUCCACAGAUUCGACGAAGGAAUAAAACUAGACCGGGAGAGUUGGUUCAGCGUGACGCCAGAGAACGUGGCGCGGCACAUCGCCACCAAAUACGUAUACGACGUAGUUAUAGAUGCGUUCUGCGGCGCCGGCGGCAACACCAUACAGUUCGCACAGACUUCGAAGAAAGUGAUAGCCAUAGACAUAGACCCCGUUAAGAUCGAGCUGGCGCAACACAACGCUGCAGUGUAUGGUGUAGCGGAUAAGAUACAGUUCAUAGUGGGAGACUUCUUCGAGUUAGCGCCUAUGUUGACUGCUGAUAUGGUGUUCUUGAGCCCACCAUGGGGAGGACCCAAGUAUUCAGAGCACUCUGAAUAUGACAUAGAAACAAUGUUAGAACCAAAACCAGCGUCUGAGCUUAUGAGGGUAGCUCGAGAAAUCAACUCCAACGUCAGCCUGUAUUUACCACGAAACACAAGAACGGAUCAGGUACUAUCGUUAGCGAAAGAGGCAAGUAGUUCUGUGGAAAUCGAGCAGAGCUAUCUGGACAGAAGAUUUGUAGCCAUUACAGCAUAUUUUUACUGAAUACUAUCCUAAAAAUAGUUUUUUUUUUUUUUAAUUGUAACUUAAGUUUUGUUUAUGGACAAAAUAGUUGGUAUAGUAUUAUUUAUCUAUACUUAAAGAUAUUUUUUUUGUAAAAAAUCACUCAAUAAUUAUUUUUUGUACUAUGUAUUAUUUUAGUUACAUAAUAAUUUUGUAUGUUAAGGUUUAUUAUUCAAAAUAUGAUGAAGCAAUAAUUAUUUUAUAAGAAUAACAGGUCCUUGAAUGCCGUUUUUUUGUAUAGCACAUCCAAUAAAGGUAUACCUAUAAUGUAUAUUUUAUGAAUUUACUAAUACUUUAUUAAAUAGAGAAAGACAUUCACAGUGACUUUACUGCCUUAUAAAAAUACAUUUUAACCAGAAUUGUUAUUAAAUGAAAGUUGUCAUACUAGUACAUAUCAGGAUUGCCACGUUUCAUUUUGCAUAAAAGAAAAAAAUCUGGUAUAACACAUUGAAAUAUGUAGUCAUUUCAUUAUACAUAAUAUAACAUAUUUUAUAAAAUUAUCUAUUGUGGUGUCUAAAGGCAGGUUUAGAUUAAGAUCACUGUCUUAGUCGAAACAUUCCUGUUACAUAUUUUUGAAAUUCUAUCAAAGGCCAAUUCACCUUUCUGCAAAGCAUAUUGGUCCUAUUUCAAUUACACAACAUAUGACUAGGAAUCAAAUUAGCAUACUACUAAGUAGUAUUCAUUUGUUCUGUGGAACACAAAUUCUAAACUGGCAGGUCUAAAAAUAGUGCUAUCCUUGUCAUUAAAUUUCCAGUGUGGAUAGUACAAUUUGAGACAGACUGUUAAACAAAUGAGCACUGCCAAUUUGCCACUUUAACUACGCAGAAAGUGUAUGGGCCUUAAUGCGAAGUAGUUCAUGUGUGUUCAAUGUCCAAAAAUAUUCAUAAAUACUUACAAGUUUAGAGCACAGUAUAGUAUUAUUCAACUUUUCAUAGCACAACAAAAUUGUUUUCAAUUAAACCUAUUCUUUAUCUAUCUAUAUACUAUAUUAUAGAAUUUAUUUAUUUUAAAUAUAAGUUGGUUUAAUCUGUGGUUGAAUGUGUUUAUUUAAAUGAAAAAUAUAGGCCUUGUGUGUGCUCAUUUAAUCGUUGUGAUCUCUGUAAAUAUUUGUUGAUGAUAAAUAUUAAAAACAAGUG